AACGGGAUCGUCGGUGUGUGUUUUUACCCCGUGCACAUGUCACAGUUUCUGUUUGGCACAUUGGGUCAGUAUGCCGCGCUUGGUCUUUGNGGUCUUUGCAUUCGUAUCUCAGGUUUGGCGGACAUUUAUGCGCGUUAUCCGGAUCGAUCAGAACGCGAACAAUUGGACCCGACAGACUCGGAACCAGUGAAUCAGGCAGCGCCGUUAUGUUCUCCUGACGCUGCUCUGCCCCGACUACGACACACAAAUUUCUUGAAACACGUCGAACGCAGCUCGUGUUUACUCAUGGUGCUUGAUGUAUUGGGUUUUCGUCGGGACCAGUACAGUGCUUGGCGUAGUCCACUAGCCUGUGCCUAUUUACUCAUGCAUUUGCUCGAACGGUGGUCCGGUGGAUAUCUGCUGGAAAAACCUAUCGUGUGCGUAUUGAAUAAGUUCGAACAGAUUCAUCUGGUCUCGGCCAAAACGGGGACUCACAUUCCCGAACUCAAAGAGUCACUCCGCCGGCAUCUGGACGUGAUUGAACUGCGCAAUCGACAGGCCAGUUUAUCCCAGAAAGCUGAUAAACAACGCGAUCUUGAUCAAAACAUGGGUUUCGGCACAAGCGUUCGUGCACCACAAAUCUACUUCUUGCAUGAGUGGAAAAAAUCCGUCGAUGCAGGCCAGCCAUUGGAUGUAGUUUAUUUGGACUUCUCCAAGGCACUUGAUCGAGUAAACCACCAAAUUCUACUACGAAAACUCUACAACUACGGAGUAAGAGAUUUGUUUCUGGACUGGAUCAAGUAG